AUUGCAGGUAACUUGGUAACAGUGAUCGCACUGUUAAAAUACACAAGACUAAGACGACAUGCCACGACUGCAUUCGUUAUAAGUCUCAGCAUCUCAGACCUGAUUUUUUCUGCCGUAAAUAUGCCACUGACUGCAAGCAGAUAUUUAAACGAGGCGUGGGUGCUUGGUGAUACUCUAUGCAAAAUAUUUCCGCUGUUCUUCUAUGGGAACGUGGCAGUAUCUUUGCUUAGUAUGGUGGCGAUUACAAUAAAUCGGUACAUAUUAAUAUCACGAUCAGAAAUGUACGCGCAGCUGUAUACAACGCAACGAAUCAUCCUGAUGCUAAUCGCCAUAUGGACGCUCAGUUUUUCUUUGCUUUUGCCACCAUUACUCGGUUUCUGGGGAACUUUGGGCUUGGAACCGACAACAUUUUCCUGCACUAUCCUUAAGAAGAACGGCACCAGCCCGAAGAAGUUCCUGUUUGCUCUAGGAUUUAUCGUACCCUGCGUUGUGAUAAGUGUUUCUUAUUUAUGCAUUUAUUGGCGUGUGAGGAAAAGUAGGCAGAAUUUAAAGACGCAUGCAGGUAUUUCGAGGAAAAAAUCUGUAGGUUUCCAACGAAGGGAAGACUCAAGAGUAACUAGACUGAUGUUAACCAUAUUUCUCUGCUUCCUGUUGUGCUUCAUGCCACUGAUGCUGGCUAACGUAAUCGACGAUAAAAUGAAAAUUCCUAUUUUACACGUGAUUGCAUCUGUAUUAGCAUGGGCCUCAUCCGUUAUCAAUCCUUUCAUCUAUGCUGGCACUAACAAACUUUAUAGAGAGGCAUAUAAACAAAUCUUGUGUUCAGUUUCUGGAAAGACACCGAAGAUGAGCUCAAAGCCGACUCAUUCGCAUUCGAGCAAAGUAUCGACACCCCAAGGGACCUAAAAAUGAUAUAAAAUGUUCAUUGUAAAUAGUAAAUAUAACGCAUUGACGGUUAAAUACGAUCAAUUUCAGAUUCGCGGACAAUAAAUAGACUUAGUACCUACUAUUCAGAGCUGGGAAGAUUGCGCUUAAAAGAAAUGUAAUUUAUGUUACUUAUAUUGUGGAAGAGCCCAUCUGUUUUCGUUAUAAGCUCAAAAGUAUGACUCGCACGUAUUUAUUAAUUAUUGACAGAGUCGCGUGUACUAAUAAACUUGCAUAAUCCAAAAAAGUCAAUAGAGUGAACAAAAUGAAGUUGCAACAAAUCAAAUAUUUGAAUACUCGAAUUUAGUUUAUAACUCUAGAACAAAGACGUCUGUUGCUUCUGUGUCAUCCUGUGAGCUGUUAUUCCAACUCUGAAUAGUACAUAGAAUACAUAGGAUAUGUAGAUACUCGGAUAUUUACUAGGUACUGUUUACUAUACAUAGUAGUACUAGGAUAUUUAUACAAUAGGAUAAGUAUAGAAAGGCAUUUUCAUUAUAAAAGAUAAUAAUUAAAAUUCAAUCGUAACCUUUUAGAAAUUAGGUUUGAUUAGAAAGAAUUUUUUAAAUUCGAUCAAAACCAAUAAUAUUAAAAAUUCUUUAAUAAAAUUUUGGAAAUCGAACUUAAGCUAAACCACUACAUAUCUGAAUAAAUCAGAAGUGCCUUAUAAGACUGAGUUCUAAAUUUUUAGAAGUUAGAUCUGUUUAGAAAUACAUAAUAUAAUAUUCAAUUGUAACAUUCCGGAAAAAGCGUAUUAAGAAUGAUUGUUAGAAUUUAGUUGUAAUAUUUCAGAAAUCAAGACUUACCGCAGAUAAUUUUUUAAAUUUUUCUUAACAUAUUAAUAAUAAUCAAA